CUGGUCCAAAGAGCUUCUGAAUCCUGUCGACUAGAUUUCAACCAGGGCUUGAACACAUCCCCAGGGGACUCUGAGGGCAGGCAGAACAGGAGCCCAGCCAGCAAGCCACCAUGGAGCAGAUCCGCUCUUUCUUCCAGUCAAUCUGGGAUCUUAUUCUCACCAAGCACCAGGAGGGCAUAUUCAACACAGUCUGCCUGGCAGUGCUGGCCGGGCUGCCCUUAAUUGUCCUGUUGGUCUUCCUUUUCAUCUGUUGUCACUGCUGCUUCUGUAGCCAGAGGGGCAAAAACAGCAGCAAUGGAGGUUGCAGCAGCAGCAAUGGGCAAGUCCAAGCAGAAAAGAACAAGAAGAGGAAGAAGAAGAAGGAUGAAGAUGACCUGUGGAUCUCAGCUCAGCCCAAGCUGCUCCUGUUGGACAAGAGGCCAUCACUGCCAGUCUAAUUAAUGGGAAAGAGAGAGGACACUCCUCCUCAAGAUCCAGCGAGUCCUUCAGGCCAUGCACUGUGAGGGGAAGGAGCUACUGCAAUGGCUCUUUUACCCUUUAAUAAUGACUCUAGACUAAAUAGGAUUUCCAGGCCAAGCCAGACUCUGGCAAGAUCACUAAGAUGAUAAACAGAAGACAUAAAGUCGGGCAUACGUUUAUAUGCCAGCAGUGUAUACAAUGACAUACACACACACACAUGCAGUGAUAUACAUGCACUUCCAUGUAUAACCACUCACAUACUCAUGAGGUCAUGGCUAUGCAGCUUCACGUGCGUAAAGAUGUACAUAUGCUCACACAUAAACAUGCCUGCUGUCACGUGCAUGCAGAUACCCAUGCACAAGGUCAUGUGCCUUCAUGUGUAUGACGCACAUAAAUGUAGUCAUGUGUACUAACAUGUAUACAAGGUGGUAUAUAAAUUCAUGCAUUCACACAUGCACCUAAAAUCUAGUACAUCUUGAACUCCCCUCUACAAACUGAGGCAUGUGUAAAGUACACAGGACAAGCCCACAUGCUUGUAUGGAUAAUACAUAAGUAUCAAAUCAGACUAAACUGAAAUACCACCCUGGCUUAGAGGUACAAGAGGAGAUGAGCAUACAAUCAUAUCAGAAUGAGAAGAAUUCUUCCCCCAAAUCCAUGGCAAGUAACAGUUUUGCUGCUCCAAAAGAUAAAUUUUCUAUCUAUCACAGGACUUUCCUAGCAAAUGCAGUAACAUGAUCCAAUCUUAUAGACCCCAAGACAGCAAAGCAGAAAAUGACGUUGCCAAACAGGACAAAGGCAGGCAAGAACAGAACAGAUGUGGCAUCAUACAGGACUGAAAACUCUACAUGGACAUUGAGAAGCCUGUUUAAAACUGGUCUUUUAAGAGCUCAUCAUGCUGGAGUUAAGGUGGCUUCAUUUCCAUGGUACAGUGAGAGAAGAGACUCCAUAUGGAAGCAUGGCUACAGCAUUAAUUUAUCUAAUGACUACUAGAAACAGUUAACUCUUGGACCAAAGGCCCACACUUAUCACUGAGAUCUACAGAAAACUGGCUCCAGGCAAUAACUCAGGGCAUGUGCCACUCUCGCAUACAGAGACAUGCAUGUGCAUGUCCAUGUGUGCACAUGCGUGUGUGCGCGCACACACACACACACACACACACAUACAUACAUACACACUGACCCCCUAGCACUCAGCUUCUGGUUUUGGGUGCAUUUCAUUCUGUCACUGUAAGGGCAGCUGAGUCUACAAUAAACCGGGGAUGAAGUUAAAUGACAUGUAAUCCACGUAUACUUCACUUCUUUGCCCACUAAAGCUUUGGUCCCACACUGCUCACCCCAAUGAAAGACUGUCCUCACCAGAACUUCAAGAUCUGAUAGACUCCCCUUCCUCAUGAGUUAAGGCAGCUCACUCCAUCCUAGCUAACCUUGUCCCUGUUCCACAUAAGCAUACUCAGACUGCCAAGCCUAUUUCCUAAGGAACCAGCCUGACCUCUCCCUAGUCCACUAUUGCAAGAUCUGUUGAAGCCUCACUGACAUGUUGUGCAAAUAGUCGGAGUGUCGGGAAGCCUCACUGUAUCUGUUCUUUGCACUAAGGUAAUGCAAGAGCCAAACAGUUUCACUCUAAAGGCUCCAUUGGGAACUUUUUGUUCUCUUGUUUUUAAUCUCCAAAGCGAACUGACCAGGCAGUUCACAGAGAAAGAAAAAAUAAUACACACCCACCCAGACAAGUGCUGGUAGAGACUGCCAAACUGCAAGCACCAGCAUGGCAGGCUCAAAAAGGGACUGGCAGACAGAACAUUGACUGCUUAGAGCUGUUUGGAGCUAAUCAACAAGUCAGCUGUUUUGACUUUACAACACUUGAUCUGAUGCCAAGCCAC